AUGACUUCAAAACGGUCCUUAUCUCAGGCAGAAUUGGAAGAAGAAGUGAGAAAAAUUAUGGAGGGAGGAGACAGUGAUCCAGAUCCAUUUGAGGAUAGUGAAAGUGAUUGGGAAGAAGAUAAUAUUGAAGUAGAAUCGAUUAAGGGAUCAGAUGAUUCAAAUGAUGAAUUCUAUUUGGACGAGAAUGUUCCUAUAAAUGAACAAGAAACGACUACUUCGGCAGAGAAAAAGAAUGAUGACGGCCAUGUGAACUCCGACGAUCCCGUACAUCAACCUCAACUUGAACCUUGUAAAACAAAUCACUUUCUAGUUAAACCCAAUAUUUUGAGUUUGAAAGGAAAGAAUGGUCAGAGAUGGACAUCAACAUAG